AUGGAGAAAGCGCGGCCGCAGUGGGGCAACCCGCUGCAGUUCGUGUUCGCCUGCAUCUCCUACGCCGUGGGCCUGGGCAACGUGUGGCGCUUCCCCUACCUGUGCCAGAUGUACGGCGGAGGCAGUUUCCUGGUCCCCUAUCUCGUCAUGCUCAUCGUGGAGGGAAUGCCACUCUUGUACCUGGAGCUGGCCGUGGGGCAACGCAUGAGGCAGGGCAGCAUCGGAGCCUGGAGGGCCAUUAGCCCCUACCUCGGUGGUGUAGGUGUUGCUAGUGUGGUGGUCUCCUUCUUCCUCUCCAUGUACUACAAUGUCAUCAAUGCCUGGGGCUUCUGGUACCUCUUCCACUCCUUCCAGGAUCCCCUGCCAUGGUCUGUCUGCCCAUUGAAUGGAAACCACACAGGCUAUGAUGAGGAGUGCGAGAAGGCUUCAUCAACACAGUACUUCUGGUACAGGAAAACGCUCAACAUCUCACCAUCCAUCCAGGAGAAUGGAAGCGUGCAGUGGGAGCCGGCGCUGUGCCUCACCCUGGCUUGGUUGAUGGUGUACCUGUGCAUCCUGCGGGGUACCGAAUCUACUGGCAAGGUGGUCUACUUCACUGCAUCGCUGCCCUACUGUGUGCUUAUCAUCUAUCUGAUCAGAGGCCUUACACUCCACGGAGCCACCAAUGGCCUGGUGUACAUGUUCACCCCCAAGAUUGAGCAGCUGGCCAACCCCAAGGCCUGGAUCAAUGCAGCCACACAGAUCUUCUUCUCGCUGGGCCUGGGGUUCGGAAGCCUCAUCGCCUUCGCCAGCUACAAUGAGCCUUCCAACAACUGCCAGAAACAUGCCAUCAUUGUGUCCCUUGUCAACAGCUCCACCUCCAUCUUUGCCAGCAUCGUGACCUUCUCUAUCUAUGGCUUCAAGGCCACCUUCAACUAUGAAAACUGCUUAAACAAGUGA